AUGGGUGUUCGUACCUGGUUAUGGCUGUGGGUGUCAUUGGUCGCUGUGGCCUUGUGUGGGAGUACAGGGUCCUCCUGCAGGCUUCUGGAGACUCUGAUCUCUCAGAGUCUGUAUAAAGAGGGUGAUGUGGUCAUUGGAGGGCUGUUCCCUAUUCAUAUACAGCCACCUGAGCCCAACCUGGACUUCACACAACGAGCAGCACCUUUGCAGUGUCAGAGGUUUCAAUUUUUAGCAUAUCGUUGGCUGCAGACCAUGAUCUUUGCAGUGGAAGAGAUAAACAGAAACCCCCAGCUGCUGCCCAAUCUCACCCUGGGUUAUGCCCUGGCUGACACCUGUCUCACAGAGGGCACAACUUUAGCUGCUGCGCUGGGACUUGUAACCGGGAAGCACCCAGUCAUUACGGCCUCCAAAUACGGCUGUACUCCUGAGGUGCCUGUUAUUGUCGGUGAUGCGCUCUCCACAGGAUCUAUCAUGAUCGCUCGCACUCUGGGAGUCUUCAGCAUCCCCAUGGUGAGCUAUGCUGCUACAUGUGCGUGCCUCGCAGACCGCCAAAAGUAUCCCACCUUCUUCCGCACUGUGCCCAGUGAUGCCUUUCAAGCCCGGGCCAUGGCACGAAUGCUGCGCCUCUUUGGCUGGACCUGGGUGGGUGUGAUAGUGGGAGAUGAUGACUAUGGCAAGUUUGGGAUCCAGCUGCUGCUGGAGGAGCUGCAGAACUCUGAGGUGUGUGUGGCCUUUUCUGAGGUCAUCCCCAAGGUCAACCUGGAGAAGAAUAUCCUGCAUAUCUUGGAGACAGUCAGGCAUUCUACAGCCAAAGUCAUCGUCGCAUUUGCCAUUUCAACAGACAUGCAAGUCCUGUUGAGGGAGGUGGUGAGACAGAACAUCACCGACAGACAGUGGAUUGCCACAGAGUCCUGGAUUACCUCCAGCCUUUUCUCCUCACCUGAUUGGCACAGCUUGACACAGGUUCCUCCGCUGAUUGGCACAUUAGGAUUUGCCUUGCGCAACAGAUAUAUUCAAGGUCUCAGGUCUUUUCUCACCAGUUUAAUGCCCACGGAUUUGACCUCUGACCCCUUUGUUCAGGAAUUCUGGGAGAUGAUGUUUGAUUGCUCUUUGAAGAAUGAUUCCGCAAUGCCCCUGUCAGCCAGGUCUCAAUGCACAGGGUCUGAGAGCUUGGACAAUGUGGAGAGCAUUUAUACUGACGUCUCCCAGCUGAGCACCACUUACAAUGUGUACAAGGCUGUGUAUGCCAUCGCACAUGCCAUUCACAACAUGCUGUCCUGCCAACCAGGAGCUGGCCCCUUUGAAAAUGGAGAGUGCCCAGAUGUCACCAGCAUCCAGUCCUGGCAGAUUCUCCACUACCUUUACACUGUCAACUUCACCACUCCUAUGGGAGAAGCUACAUACUUUGAUGAGAAUGGUGAUCCCCCGGCAGCUUAUGACAUCAUUAACUGGCAAAUAGGAGCACAGGAGACACUGGAGUUUGUCAAGGUGGGACAGUUUGACACUGUGGAUGGAUCUCACAGCGAUUUUAACAUUGAUGUGAAAAGACUCGUCUGGGGCGGGGGCCAGAAUGAGGUGCCUGUGUCCGUCUGCAGCAUGCCCUGUCCCCCAGGCACUCGGAAGGCUGUGCAGAAAGGAAAGCCCAUCUGCUGCUUUGACUGCUUGCCAUGUGCAGCAGGAGAGAUCAGCAACAGUACUGGUUCAACAGAGUGCCAGAAGUGCCAAGACCGAUUCUGGUCGAAUGCUGCUCGAACUGCCUGCGUUGCAAAGGAGGUGGAGUUCCUGUCCUUCCAGGAGACCAUGGGGAUCGUCCUUGCUGCUAUUUCAGUCUCUGGGGUGGUCCUCACAGGCAGUGUCCUCGCCACCUUCUUUUUCCACAGGGACACACCCCUUGUUAGGGCAAAUAAUUCAGAGCUGAGCUUCCUGCUGCUGCUGUCACUCUCUCUCUGCUUCCUGUGUGCGCUCGCCUUCAUCGGUCGCCCCUCCCCCUGGUCCUGUAUGGUGCGCCACACGCUGUUUGGGAUCAGCUUUGUGCUCUGCAUUUCCUGUGUGCUCAGCAGGACAGUGGUGGUGCUGGUGGCCUUCCGCGCCUCAGUCCCUGGCAGCAGCAUCAUGCAGUACUUUGGCCCGGUGCAGCAGAGAGUGGCCAUCUUCCUCUGCACCUCCAUCCAGGUGCUCAUCUGUGUGCUGUGGUUGGUUCUGUCACCUCCUGUCCCAUCUGAGAUACAGGGGCGGAAUCCCAGGAUCAUCCUUGAGUGUGAUGUGGGCUCAAUGGCUGGCUUUGCUUGUGUCCUGGGCUACAUCGGCCUGCUGGCAGCCAUCUGCUUCCUGCUGGCCUUUUUAGCCAGGAAGCUCCCGGACAACUUCAAUGAGGCCAAGUUCAUCACCUUCAGCAUGAUCAUCUUCUGCGCCGUCUGGAUCACCUUUGUCCCUGCCUAUGUCAGCUCCCCAGGGAAAUACACUGUAGCCGUGGAGAUAUUCGCAAUCCUGGCCUCAAGUUAUGGACUCCUCCUUUGUAUCUUUGCUCCUAAGUGUUAUAUAAUCCUACUGAGACCAGACAAGAAUACCAAGAAGAAGAUGAUGGCCAAAUAG